AUGAAUUCCAUUUUGAUUUGGAAUUGUAGAGGAGCUAAAAAAAAGAAGUCUUCUCUCUACCUCAAGGAGGUAGUAAAAGAUCAAAAUGUUUUAUUUAUUGGGCUGUUAGAAACUAAAUUGGUUUAUAUUGAUAUUAAAGAUGUGGAGUUACUGAUUGGAUUUGACUGGGAUUUCAGUUAUAUUCCUUCGGCUGGGUUAUCUGGUGGUAUUCUAGUGCUUUGGAGGAGGAAGUUGGCUAAAUUCAGCAAAAUUGAUUCUUCUUCUCAAUUCAUAAUUGGAGAUUUAGAUAUUCUCAAUAAAGGGAAAUGGAGGAUAGCCACUAUCUAUGGAAGCAAAGAUGUUUACUAUAGGAGAUCUCUUUGGAAUGGGUUGGAACCUUAUAUUACAAAUGAUUGGCCUAUGGUGAUUGGUGGAGACUUUAAUUGUCUUUUAUCUAAAGAAGACAAGAUGGGAGGAAGGAGGUUUUCAUUCUCUUUGGGUCCUAAAGAGAUGAAGUCAUUCAUGACCACAAAUGAUCUUCAUGAGCUAGGAUUUGUUGGUCAUAGGCUAACUUGGAGUAACAACAAAAAGGGGGUUGAUCGAAUUAUGGAAAGAUUAGACAGAAUGUUAGUCAAUUCUAUUUCUGUGAAUUACAAUCAACAUUUAGUAGUUAAGCAUCUCCCCAGGAUUGCUUCAGAUCACUGUCCACUUCUUCUCAAAAUUUCAGAUUUCUCUUCUAGAGGUAUGAAAUCUCUCAAAUUUGAGGAUGUUUGGACUUCAUACCCGGCUUCUUAUGCAGUGAUGGAGAAAGCUUGGAAACGGAAAAAUAGUGGAACUGCAGCUAAUUCUCAAUUUCAAAUUGAAGAGAUCUCUCAAAUCCUUAUUCUUUUGGAGUAA